AGCAUGUCAUAUUUUGAUCACACACAAGAGGAAGAUAAUAAACCAUAUGGCUUCCCUUGCUACUAGCUUAGCUUGUGUACAACCAGCUGGUCUCAAUGUCAAGGGUCUUGCUGGCAGUUCCAUUACUGGAACUAAGCUAACUUUCAAGCCCUCUCGCCAGAUUUUCAAAUCCAACAAUUUAAGGAGUGGCUCUGUAGUAGCAAAGUAUGGUGACAAGAGUGUGUACUUUGAUUUGGAGGAUAUUGGCAACACUACAGGUCAGUGGGAUUUGUACGGCUCAGAUGCACCCUCACCCUACAACCCUCUUCAGAGCAAGUUCUUUGAGACAUUUGCAGCUCCAUUCACAAAGAGAGGAUUAUUGCUCAAGUUUUUGAUCCUAGGAGGUGGUUCAACUCUUGCAUACUUCAGUGCCACAGCUUCAGGUGACAUUCUACCAAUCAAGAAAGGUCCACAGCUUCCACCAAAGCUCGGUCCUCGUGGCAAGAUCUAAUUUAGUUUCCCAAUUCAAUGUGUUUACUUUUCUUAUUUUGAACUAAACAUGUAUAUCUAUCUCUUAUUGCAUGAUGUGUAAGUAUGCUUACAUCUUACUUCAAUUCAAUGAUGCCUAUUACUAGUCUUAAUACAGUGUCAUUGUCUCUAUUUUCAAUGGAAGCAAAGAUAUAUAGUCUGCAGCAAUUUCAUUA